UUUAUGCUUGAUGAUGCAAUUUAUAUCAUUAACUUCUCAACAAGUAUCCUUCUUUCAAGAAAUUUUAAUAAAGCAUAUCAUCAUGCAUCAUCAGUGUGUUGUAUCAAAGAUAAAAAUUAUUGUCUACUUGAGUUUAUGCAUAACCAUGGCGUAGCUUUUGAUGGUGUGCACAAGCCAAGGAUUUUCAGAUUUCUUUUGCGUUUGUGAAAUUCAUGAUAUUAGUCAUUCUUAUGCUAAUUUUCAGCCACUUCGGCCGAUUUAUAAGCAAGUUUCGGAAAAUCAAAAUGCUGAGAUAUUCUCUGCAAAUACGCUCCUUGUUAUUCUGGGGACUAGUCUCCUUACAGCUAGGGUUGGCCUUUCCAUGACAUUAGGAGCGUUUUUGGCUGGUUUGCUUCUUGCAGAAACAAGAUCCAGUCUUCUUACAGAAGCAAUGAAAAAAUUACUCGUCCAUGCAAGUAGAAUGAUAUCAAUUUUAACAGAUUGAUAUGAUCACAGUAUUGAUGAACAGGAAUAGUUUGCUCCAAUACCUCUGGUUAACGGCCAUUGUUCUUUGGGUUUCAGGUUGGAA